GCCGGGGCCGAGGUAAGAGGAGCGCCCGCACCUGCCCGGACGCCGCGGGAGGGCCCGGGCAGCCCGGUUCAACUUCUCGACUCCACCCGGAGUGGGAAACCGAGGCCCCUGCCACCCCCCCGGGGCGCGGUGAACGCCCACCUGUGAGUGGGAAGGAGCCGGCGCCCACGCGCGGAGGCGAGGCGGCACUGAGAACACCUUGGGCGCGAGCAUCGCCGCCCGCGUCCGUGCCCCUGCUGCGGAGCGGACGGGGAAAGGGACGCGUCUGCGCCCGGGGCGCCCGCAGGCCGAGCGGCGGAGGCUGGAGCCCUUCCCCACCCGCAGGACACUGGAGCUGCUGGCCGUGGGACCCGAGCUCCAGCGAAGGGGAAGCGAGGGGGCGGCCGGGCCCUGUGUGGCGAUGGCCGGCGGAUGGCCGCAUCUGUUCCGGGUGCCGAGUUUGCUCUGUGUGCUGCUGCGGCUGCUGGAGGCGGUGUCUGCGUCCAGGGGCCUGUCCGCAGGGGCCCCCGUCAGCCCCCAGUUCCCUGUCUCGCGUGUGAACCAGACCCCCAUGGCUGACUGCCGCAGUGUGUGCACCCUGAACGUCUCCGACCGCUGUGCCUUCAUCCGGACCAACCCCGACUGCCGCACCAAUGGCGGCUACCUGGACUACCUCGAAGGCAUCUUCUGCUGCUUUCAGCCCAGCCUCCUGCCGCUGGCCGUAACCCUCUACGUCAUCUGGCUGCUUUACCUGUUUCUGAUUCUGGGAGUCACUGCUGCCAAGUUCUUCUGCCCCAACCUGUCGGCCAUCUCCACCACGCUCAAGCUCUCCCACAAUGUGGCAGGCGUCACCUUCCUGGCCUUUGGAAACGGUGCGCCCGACAUCUUCAGUGCGCUGGUGGCCUUCUCGGACCCACGCACGGCCGGUCUGGCCAUCGGGGCGCUGUUUGGUGCCGGUGUGCUGGUGACCACAGUGGUGGCCGGGGGCAUCGCCAUCCUGCACCCCUUCACGGCCGCCUCCAGGCCCUUCCUCCGGGACGUGUCCUUCUACAUGACGGCCGUCUUCCUGACCUUCACCGCCCUCUACCUCGGCAGGAUCACGCUGCCCUGGGCCCUGGGUUACCUGGGACUGUACGUGUUCUACGUGGUCACUGUGAUUCUCUGCACCUGGAUCUACCGAUGGCAGCGAACACGAUCCCUGGUCUACUCCAUGCCGGGGACUCCAGAGAUGCUCUCCGAUUCUGAGGACGAUCUGGGGUCCUCCAACACCAACAGCUACGACUAUGGUGACGAGUACCGGCCGCUGUUCUCCCAGGAGACCACGGCCGAGAUCCUGGCUGGGGCCCUCAACCCGCUGGACUACAGGAAGUGGAGAAAUAAGCCAGCUUCCUGGAGGACCCUGAAGGUGUUGAAGCUGCCCGUGGAGUUCCUGCUGCUGCUCACCGUCCCCGUGGUGGACCCCGACAAGGAAGACAAGAACUGGAAGCGGCCCCUCAACUGUCUGCACCUUGUUAUCAGCCCACUGGUCGUGGUCUUGACCCUGCAGUCUGGGGCCUAUGGCGUCUACGCGAUAGGCGGCGUCUUUCCCGUCUGGGCGGUGGUGGUGAUCAGCGGCACAGCCUUGGCUUCCAUCACCUUUUUUGCCACAUCCAACAGUGAGCCCCCCAAGUUCCACUGGGCUCGUGAGCAGGAAGCGGAAUUGGAAGAGGAGCAGCCAGGACUCGAACAGCUCUUCGCUUUCCUGGGCUUCCUGACCAGCGCUCUGUGGAUCAACGCGGCUGCCACGGAGGCGGUGAACAUCCUGCGGUCCCUGGGCGUGGUCUUCCGGCUGAGCAACACCGUCCUGGGCCUCACGCUGCUGGCCUGGGGGAACAGCGUCGGAGAUGCCUUCUCGGAUUUCACCCUGGCCCGCCAGGGCUACCCCCGGAUGGCGUUCGCAGCCUGUUUUGGCGGCAUCAUCUUCAAUAUCCUGGUGGGGGUCGGGCUGGGCUGCCUGCUCCAGCUCUCACGCGGCCACGCAGAGGUCAAGCUGGAGCCGGAUGGACUGCUGGUGUGGGUCCUGGCCGGCGCCCUGGGGCUGAGCCUGGCCAUCUCCCUGGUCUCCGUGCCGCUGCAGUGCUUCCGGCUCAGCAAGGUCUACGGGCUCUGCCUGCUGCUCUUCUACCUGAGCUUCCUCACCGUGGCCCUGCUCACCGAGUUCCGAGUGAUUCACCUGAGGAGCGUGUGACUGAGGGCGCCCGCUGUGGAGGCGGGGUCACCGCCGGCAGCAGCAACGGCUAUGUGCAGGGGGACGGAGUCCCUCUGGCUGCCGCCACCCAGCAGCACUUUGCCAAGGAGCUCUGCUGUGGAUGAGGGGUCCCUGAUGGGCGCCACACCCUCCGGGACCAAUCUGCAGAGUCCUCCAAGGAGGGGCCGCCUGGGAGACCCCUGAAGUGUGCAGGUUGGAGGCACCUGCGGGCAGCCCGGGGUCAGAGCUCCAACAGCUGCCCAGCCUCGGCUCAGAGGACCCGAGCUGCACCACCUGACGGACAUUGGGUGCCGGCCACGUCACCGAGGCCAAGGCCACAGGCGUGAACUGAGGGCGGUACACUUUACGAGCGCGGUGGCGUGGCCACGUGGCACAGUCUGGCCUAGGCUUCCUCUAGAGUUGUGCGGUGGCCAUGGCGCAGCCUCCCUGCUCGGGCUCCCCCAGCUGCAGGACAGGAGGCCGUGGGCUGUGCCCUGUGCCUACCCCAGGGGGCGCCCAGGGCCGGCUGAGGAUCGCUGCCCGGGGCCCUCUCACAGUCGGCAGUGCCCCCAGCUCGCUCACGCCGGCGGUAGAGGGAGAGAGCGGACUGUCCAUCCCGCGUCCAGCGAGUGAUUAAACAUUUCAACAAGACA